AAAGUUAUUUUGUGUUCUUUUUGGAAGUUCGAAACGGUUUGCCAAAGCGAACUUUCAGGAAAAUUUCGUUUCAGCUGCAAAACACCUUCAUGCCACCAUUGGUCCGUGACAAUAACGUAACAGGAGAUGUGCACUGAGGCUCCGCCUUCAUUUUCACGGAAGUCUUCUCUGACUCAUUUGAUCUGUUGAGGUCAUUGAGGUCUCCUUGUUGACGAUAUCAUGAUGUCGGCACUUUUGAUGUACCUGAAGCAGCCGAGCUGCAUCUACUGUGCAUAUCUAUGGUUGGCAACCCUAGCUGUGGUGAAUGCACAGGAAGUGUUACAACCCAAACCUGAUGAGGUACAGAUUUUAAAUGAAGACACUGGAGGACUUCAUUUCUUAGCAGACCAAGGAAACACACAAUAUCCAGCCCUGGCAUCACAGCCCAUUGAAGUGGCAGCUCUAGGAAGACCUCUGUUUCCUGGUAUGCUGUAUGACUGCCGCAAAGAUAGCUUCAUUCCAGGUGUUACUCUGUGGAAUAAGAAGUCACUGAGUGAAGAUCUGGACAGUCGUUCACAGCUCAUGACAGAUUUGAAGUUCAGUAGCUCAGACUCUCUCUCUAGUAAGUCCAGUCUCCUGGAUGUAAGUGCUUCCCUGAAAGCCAGCUUCUUAGGAGGGCUGGUGGAGGUGGGAGGAUCUGCCAAGUUCCUGCGUGAUACCAAAUCCUCAAACCAACAGUCCAGAGUCACAAUGUAUUACAAAGAAACCACCAAAUUCGAACAGCUCACGAUGACUCAGCUGGGCCAGAUCACUUACCCUCAGGUGUUUGAGCAGAAAACUGCAACUCAUGUGGUCACAGGUGUACUAUACGGAGCUCAGGCCGUCAUGGUGUUUGAUCUGACAUUUUCAGAAGAGGAAAACAAGCAGGAAAUUGAGGGAGAACUGAAUAUCAUGGUCAAGAAGAUUCCUCAAUAUUCUAUUGAGGGAAAAGGAGCUAUAAAAAUGAAAGAUAGUGAUAAAAAAGUGAAUGGGAGCAUCACCUGCACAUUUCAUGGUGACUUCCGCCUUGAUCAGAACCCCACCACUUACAUGGAGGCCCUAGACGUGUACAAGAAGCUCCCCAAUAUACUGAAGGAGAAUCCAGAAAAUGCAGUUCCAAUAAACGUCUGGCUCUAUCCUCUUUCUCUACUGGAUACAAAAGCUGCUCAAAUGGAGAGAGAAAUUAGCGCACGUCUGGUUUCCAACACUGAAGAUAUAAUGGAGGGGCUGGGACAUGCGGAGAGGACAUGCAAUGACCUCUCCAGAAAAACACUGGUGAAUGUUUUCAGAGAUAUCAAAGAGAGGCUGCAAUCAUUUCAGAGAUCAUUCAGCAUUUACAAGACAAUGCUCCUGAAAGCUGUCAGCAGAGUCUUGCCUGCUAUACGAGGAGGAGGGAUGGAGGAGAAGUCACUGGAAGACAUCCUGAAGAUCCACUACAGNUUGGAAUCGGCAAAAAACUAA